GGAAGGAGGUGGAGCCAUAGAGACUUGGCCUCCGGCCUGUCUAGCUUGGGGAGCUGCGGGAGGGGGAAGUCGAGAAGGGAGCGGAGGACUGAGGCAGCCGUUCCGGGGAGCCGCCCGAAGAGGUAGAAGUGGGGGGCCGAGUCCUCCGGCUGUUACUGGGUGGACCGAGCCUGCCUGUUUUCCUCCGGAGUCCGCUCCCUCCGCAUCCUGCUCCUCCCAUCAGCGCCCCGCUUUCCCGACAGCUUCCAGUUCCCCACCUCGCUCUCCUCGGCCCUGGACCCUGUCCCCCUGCUCGCCCCCCAACUUUGGAGCUCAGCCUCCGUUCCCCCUCCUUCCGUGCUUUGCCUCCUUUCUCUUCCGUACCCCGCACCGUGCUUCUCGUCGUCUACCUUCCGUAAACCCGAAUCCCCUAGGAGGUUCCCGUGCCUGCACCACCCCCGCACCCCAAAACAAAGACACCCCCCCCCCAGACCUCACCACUACAAACACAGCCCACCAACACACAACGCCCACCAAAGCCACCGGCUGAGGGAGCCGAGGGCUCGCUUUGCCCCCGAGUCGUCCAGUGCCCGAAGCAAAGGUGCCUAUGUUGACUAGUUGAGACAGAUAUAAACAUGGCCUUCUACAGUUAUAAUACAGUCUUAGCUAUUGCCCGGACAAGAUUCCCUGGCCAUUUUGUCCAUUCUACCAGCUCUGCUUAUUCCCCAUCAUUUGCAUUUCUUCACUUGCCAGAUUCCCGUUUAAAUAAAAUGUAUAUGAAGAACUGCGGAAGCAAAAAAUACUCCUACCCUAGUCAGUCAGCCAGUAAAGUGCUUCGCUUACGAACUACAACGAUAGAAAAGCUGCAUACGUCAACUUGCUGGCUACAACAGUUCCCUGGCAAACCUCAGCUAGAGCAAACCACAAAAAAGCCACGGGUGACAAGCCCUCAGCCCACAAAAGAAACUGGCAUGAGGAUUGAGGAGGAAAAGCGAUCUUAUAGACAAAAAAUUAUGGAUGAACUUAAAUAUUAUUACAAUGGAUUCUACUUGCUUUGGAUUGACACCAAAGUUGCUGCCAGAAUGGUUUGGAGGCUGUUGCACGGACAGGUGCUGACCAGGAGAGAGAGACGAAGGCUAUUGAGAACUUGUGUUGAUUUCUUCCGCCUGGUUCCAUUUAUGGUGUUCAUAAUUGUACCCUUCAUGGAAUUCUUAUUACCAGUGUUUCUGAAACUCUUCCCAGAGAUGUUGCCAUCAACUUUUGAAAGUGAAUCCAAAAAGGAAGAAAAACAGAGGAAGAAAAUGGCUGCAAAGUUGGAACUAGCAAAAUUUCUUCAAGAAACAAUUACAGAAAUGGCAAGAAGGAACAGGGCCAAGUUAGGAGAUGCCUCCACACAGUUCUCGUUCUACGUCAAACAGGUCCAGACAGGACACAAGCCCAGCACAAAGGAGAUAGUUCGCUUUUCCAAACUAUUUGAGGAUCAGCUAACCCUGGAGCACCUGGAUCGACCUCAGCUGGUUGCCCUUUGCAAACUGCUAGAAUUGCAGUCCUUUGGAACCAACAAUUUACUCCGCUUUCAGCUCCUGAUGAAACUGAAGUCUAUAAAAGCAGAUGAUGAAAUAAUUGCCAAAGAAGGAGUGAGUGCUUUGAGUGUGUCAGAACUACAAGCUGCCUGUAGGGCCCGAGGGAUGAGGUCACUGGGUCUCACUGAGGAACAGCUGAGACAACAGCUCACAGAGUGGCAGGACCUCCACCUGAAGGAGAAUGUCCCUCCUUCUCUUUUGCUCCUGUCACGAACCUUCUACCUGAUAGAUGUGAAGCCGAAGCCAAUUGAGAUACCACUAAGUGGGGAGGCUCCAAAGAUGAGUGUUCCUGUGGAAUCACCUGCUUCGCCUGAAUCUAAAGAGAAUGUGGUAGACUUAGCACCUCAACUGAAGGGAACUAAGGAUGAAGAAGUUAUAAAACUACCACCAGUUACAUCAUCACCCAUCACACCAUCAACACCUGUUUCGUUACCUAAAGGAUCCAUCACUUCUGCUAAAGAAGCUACACUCCAGGCCAAAUCACAAAAGACAACCCAGAACAGCCAGGCUAGUUCAAAAGGAGCAUAAGGACUACUGGAGGAUGAAGCUCACUCUCUCCGGCUUCCUGCCCUCAGCAGUGGCAUCCGUGAAAGACCUCCCAGC